GGUGUGGGCAAAAAUAUGGGGGACCAGGAGAGGGGGCCAGAGCCUACCCCUGGAAAGCCAGAGAGAGAGAGAGAACAGUGUUGCAUCCAGUAGAAUCCUAUUCAGCAGUAGCAGACAUGCUUGAUAGUACUGUGUGCUGAUCAGCAGGCUCCUUACCACUGGGCAGGAACGCCUUUGUGUUCCCCGCUGCAGUGGGGGAGCGCAUUUACUGUCGUGCCUGAGGGGAGAAGCCAAGACAAUCCCCCAAUCAGCCGUCAGUGGUUUCUGUCAUCUUCUGAGUGUGCUGAUUGGGAUUUAUGUCCAACCUGAGGGAGGCAGUGUGCUUUACACUCUGGCUCUAUAAACCACCUGGAUGGACGCUUUUGUCCCUCCCAAUGCUUUUGUUUCUAAUUGCGGAUUUUUAAAAGAAUGACCAACAGACAAAAGGUGGAUUAUUACUGCAGAUCUGGUACCUCACAUUCUUGAUUUGAUGUUAUUUUCUUCCUGCAGUAGAAGAUGGAUGAACUUUCUUUUUCUGGGCUCUAGUUUAAGCUUUGUUUUUGUUUGUGAAGACAUAGAGCGGCAGAAGUCCUUUCUCAUCACUACAUUUUACAUCUCCUCUCCUUCUUUCCUCCGUGGAUCUGUAGAAUCCUGAAUGAGUCCAUACCUGUUAGACUCAGAUCAUUCACAUGACAGACUGUGGGUCUCAAAGUAGAGGUUUUACAAUAGUGGCCAGGUAAGAAUUAGAAUGUGCAUACAUUCACAUGCGAUGAAAGGCUCUAUGUGGAACUGAACAUGGAGCGAGCGUAGGAACCGUUGGGACAUUUGACACGCCUGUUUGGCUUUCAGCACCUGCUGUGACUGUCUGACACAGUUCUACAGCUAGACUGGCAUUGGCUCUGGUGCUUACUGCUUAGCCUAAGAGACUGGGAGUUUUUUUUACAAGUGUGUGUGUAUGUCUCUGUGUGUGUGUUGAUCUUUUAUAUUGGAGUUAGUUAUAUAUUGUGUGUAUGUGCCAGUGUCAAGGAUAACACUGAGUGUCUGGAGAUAGUACAGGUGGGUGCAGUCAGUGAGGCUUUGAGGAAGGAUUACAGAAGCUAACACCUUGUUUUUGACAGUAGCUUGGCUGGGCAGAGGUGAACUUUUCAAAGCAUAAAAUGUUGAGUGAUGUCCAGACUGCAGGGCCUUCUGGAGGAAGUACUGAUAAGACUUAAAAGUUUAACCUAGGUAAUGAGACCGAGACAGUCAGGAGAGAUACAGACUGUAAAUGGUUACAAGGUUACAGUAUAAUGCAGUACGUUUCCACUUCAGCAUGCGUUAUCUUAGGGGAUAAUGAGAGAAGGAGUGCAGGAUUUAAGUCAAUACACUGAGUUAGUUCACUUAAACAGGUGAAGGACGGAUUGAAGGAUAGAUAGGAAUGAGAGAGGAGGAAGAGGUAGACUUUCAAUCAACACAUUUUAAUGAGGAAAACAAAGACCCUUAAACCUUAUAUUUCCAAUGAAAAGCCCAUUAUUUUACACAUGGCUUAUGGUGGUCUUAAUGUUGACUAGUCCUGAUUUCACCAAUAGUCCUGCAAACACAACAUGUAAUUGAUCCCUUAGAGGUUUUGAUAUAGAUUUUUGCAUAUGACUGAGUAGGAAGGUUCCUGUUCUCUAACAGGCCUAUAAUUGAAUUAUAAUUUUCCAUUCAGUGACAGAUCAAUAGCCUCCAGUGUUUCAGUUGAUUGGAAAUGCACUGGUUUAGCUUAUCAAUGAGCCAUAACUGUCAAAAGAGCUGUCUAGAAACCUGAAAGAACACCUGAAGCUGAAUCUACCAGUCUGUCUCACACACCUUCUGCAGACAACUGUCUUCUUUCCUCAAACACUCCACAGUGAUAAUUUACAUGAUAUACAUUUUGUAUGUAGACCAGUGUCAGUGAAACAGUUGUAUCCUAAAAGUGGGUCUUAACGUCUGUUAUUCUGACAGAUACACAACAUCAAGCAGAGAGGUGCAGUUGAGACAGCAGUUUCCUCGUCUGUUGUUGCCUCACUGUGAUUCGUGUGCAGGUGUGCGUGUUAUUGGGUUUCGUGUAGCCAAUACAUACUGCUAAUCUUAGCUCGACAGCCAGGGCUUGAGAUUCAGUAGGUAGGAUAGAUUGUUCAGUGGGCAGAUUAUCUCUCUCUCCUCUUGGUCUGUUUCAAUGGAGGUAAACCAGAAGAUGUCAAUGACCCCAAGCACAAAUGAAAAAGUACUGAGGAGUCCAUUGAUCCUGAAAAGGUGAAAGUACCAGAGCAAAAGAAAAGUGAAACCUGAGAAAAAGGCCGUCAGAGGGAUAACUUAUCACACAAGCCAGACUCGAGCAAUCCUUCUAAACCUGGAAAGCGAAGAAGGUGGGAAACUCGAGAGGGAGUGUUAGGGGAAAAAGAGGGCAAGAAGUUAUUUGAUAUCGGGGCCUGUUUGCAUCUGAAACUUUGAAAGAGUUUCUUUAAAAGAGUGCUGAGGAUUAGCUGAGCUGAGCGUGAGACCAGAGAAAGGUGUGGGCGAGUUCACUUUGAGUAACAUUGGGAAAAACGUCUCAGCUAGUUGAGAGAGACAGCUCAAAUGGUGACUGUUCAACAGAAAUCAUGCAGAAUUAGGCUGAAUACACUUUAGGUCUAGGUCACAUGAUUGAUUAUUAUUGACAGGUGAUUGAAUCAUUAUUGAAUAGUUAUGAUGGACUGUCUUAAAUACAUUACAACACAAUAACACCGAUAACUGUCAGUCCUUUCAACCCAUCCUCAGCUCCCUUGUCAACUUACUCAUCUCUCAGUCCCCCCCCCCCCCUCUGACUCACCAGUCCAAAAAUCCUGAUGGAGUCACGCAAAACCUAACCUGAACAUAACCACUCCACGCUUAUGAAGACAACAAAGAUAUGUGUACUCUGCAAUGGGGACAGAAACAGAUGGGAGGACAUCCAAAACCCUUUUUUAAAUGUAGGGAUUAGGUUUGGACUGUAAAACUUGACAUCUGGAACGAGGAUAGGAACAGGACACAGGGACACAGCCUGUUUUUGGGGACAGAGAAACUCUGGUAUCCAUAAUCCACAGUGCCCUGACAUAAGAGGGGUUGCCACUCAGGACCUGUAGGUCUGUGGGGAGCUCUCUGACUGCCACACCGAAGGGCGAGAGAGGUGUUUUUAGGUACUGUUCUCCUGGUUUGGCCCCGCCUGGCCUGAGUCCAGGACACCAUGGGGUGUAACAUGUGUAUGGUUCAGAAGCCUGAGGAACAGUACAGGGUCAUGUUCCAGAAGGGUCAAAUAAGUAACAUGCUGUGUUCUUUAGAUGGAGAAGGCCGAUUGAAGGUGAAUGGUAAAGAGCUGUCUCGUCUCUCUGGGGACCCCACCCUGGAUGUGAAAGACCCGCUGCUGUCUCACGUGUUGAGGAGGGGGACCCGACGGCGGGUGGGACAUGCAGGGCGACUAGCGGGGCUAGACGGGACAGUAGCAGUGACAGGGGGGCUGACUGACUGUGUGGACAGCGGCACUCAGACUGACAUCAGUUUCCAGCACAUCUUGACCCUGGGAAGGACCGCCCACAACCCAUGUGGAGCCCCGCCCCCUCCCCCUUCCCCCUCUCCACCGCUGCCACCCAUCCUGGAACCCUACCUGCUCAAUGAGCUUCUCCUAGAGCCUGAAUAUUAUGACCCCAACAACUACUUUGACAUCACUCAGCAAGAGGGGGAUCUCCGACAGGAUGAGUUAGAAUACGAGGAGGUGGAGCUGUAUAAGUCUCGUCAGCAGGACAAGCUGGGGUUAACGGUGUGCUACCGGACAGACGAUGAGGAGGAUCUGGGGAUCUAUGUGGGCGAGGUCAACCCCAAUAGUAUAGCUGCUAUGGAUGGCCGUAUCCGAGAGGGGGAUAGAAUAUUACAGAUAAACGGGGUGGACAUCCAGAACAGAGAGGAGGCGGUGGCCAUUCUUACCAGGGAGGACAGUACCAACAUCUCCCUGCUCCUGGCCCGGCCCGAAAUAGAGAAUGACAACCAGCUGGACCCAGAUGAGCUGGAGCUGGAGGUUCUGGACAAUGCCGUCCAUCUGCCUAGCCCCCAUCAGCUGAGGAACGGGGCCUCCGUGCUCGAUGCAGAACCAGAGGUCAUGGGUGGUGGUAGGGUGGGAAGCCGUGGGUGGGGUCACCGUGACUCUCCUAGCCUCCUCCACACGGUGCUGAGUAACAGCCAGGAGUUGGACAGCGGGGUGGGCCGUACGGACGAGAGCACCCGCAACGAGGAGUCCUCAGAACAUGACCUGCUGGGAGACGACCAGACCAGCGCCCCCACCACCAACGCCACCAACACCCCCGGCAGCAUGCGCAGGUUCCACUCUGGCCAGGGGGACAGGGACACCCCACCCCUGCUCCAUGGUCACUCCGCAGAGUUCCACUUCAGCACAGACUCUCUGCUGGGGCUGGACUGUCUGGGUGGUGGAGGAGGAGGGGGGGGGGCUGUUGACCUGGCAGGGGAGAGGGUCUACACAGCUGACCCAGUGAGGAUGAUGGCUGGACUGACGGAGGAAGAGUGUGAUAGGUACAGGGAGCUCCUGGAGAUCAAGUGCUACUAUGAGAAGAAUGGCAACGCUCUUCUGCUGCUGGGGGAGCAUGGGGGUCACGGGCAGGGGGGCGAUGGGGGGAUUCCUCUGGAUGUGAACAGGAAUGAGAACUUGAUGCAGCAUGAGGUGGCCCUCCUGGAAGAGGAGCUACGCCACCUGGAGUUCAAGUGUCGUAACAUCCUGAGGGCCCAGAAGAUGCAGCAGCUCCGGGAGCGCUGUCUGAAGGCAUGGCCCCAGGAGGAAGAGGAGGAGAGCGGGGCCGGAGGUGGGGCCGGGGCUGGGCGGGUGGCUCUUCUGGUUAGCGAGGAGUCCUGUCACCAUGAGCUGUCAGACAUUAAUGAGCUCCCUGAGAGGGAGCGCUCUGACAAGGACAGCACCAGCGCCUACAACACAGGAGGGGAGAGCUGCAGGACCACCCCUCUGGUCACCGAACAGUACCCCUCCCUCUCUGCACAUGGCCGCAGCAGCCUGGAGGGGGGAGACUCAGCCUCUUUGCAGUGUCGGACUCCCAGCCGGCACAGGGAGAGGGGGGGCAGGAGGGAUGAGAGGGGGCAGGCUAACCUGAACCAGCCCUACUCCCCUAACUCACACAGAAGGGGAGCGGAAGCCAAGACCUCCAGCCCGGGAGGGGAAAAGUUCAGAUCCCUAUCCCGCAACGGGGCGGCCAGGAGGGGGUCGGAAGGAGGUGCGGGACACCCCAAAACCAACGGGACAGUAGAGGGGAGGGGAAGAGGACAUAGCGCUGAGAACAGCCCUUAUCUGUCCCGCCGUCACUCUGGCCCCAGAAUCCCCCAGCGCUACCAGAGCUGCAUGCAGCUGAGGUCCCCCUGUACCUCCGAGGGCCUGGAGCGACCUAGGGAGGGCAGCGACAGUCCCAUGAGCCUGGGUAGCACAUGCAAGGACAUCCACCAGGGCCCUGUGUCCAUGCCCUCCUUACCCAUCCUCCCUCCCCUCCCGCCGCCAGCCUCACCACGUAUGGAGUGGAAGGUCAAAGUACGAAGCGACGGCUCCCGCUAUGUUGCCAAGCGUCCCAUUAGGGACCGCCUCCUGAAGGCCCGGGCCAUGAAGAUCCGGGAAGAGCGCAGUGGCAUGACCACGGACGACGACGCCGUCAGCGAGAUGAAGAUGGGCCGCUAUUGGUCGAAAGAGGAAAGGAAGCAGCAGUUGCUGAGGGCCAGGGAGCAGCGCAGACGCAGGGAGUUUAUGAUGCAGAGCCGGCUGGACUUCCUGAGGGAGUCGCAUGGCAGUGGACAACACAGGGCUCCACAGGGACAGGAGCCCACUACCAUCCUGGAGCUGAGCCACAGGAGGAGCCAGAAGAAACGGAGCCGUAGGAUCCUGGAUAACUGGAUCACCAUCCAGGAACUACUUGCUCACGGGACCAGGUCACCUGACGGGAAGAAGGUCUACAACCCUCUGCUGUCAGUCACCACUGUUUAAUGUAGAGGGGAAAGGUGAUGGGUAUAGAGGACAGAGAAAGGAAGACCGAGAGAGGACGAGAAGAGUGGAGAAGUAGUGUGUGGAGGGGUUGAUUUAGAGGAAAAUAAAUCCACCUCAAUCUUGUAUGUCACUGCCAUAGAGGAAUCAUCUUUAUAUCUGUGCCAUUAUAAGGUCUGUGACAGCCUGGGCAGCUCCAUUGAGGCUAUAACCCAUAGGAAUUACCACCCAGUUGACUCCUUUAUGGCGGAAGCCUUCAAUGGCAAUAUCCACACUUAAACAGGUAUAUCCAUUGAGUUUGUUAUCUCUAUGGUCACUGCACAUAGGAGAGGGAGAACGGGUGAGAUUGCACCACAGCUUGUGAGUAGAGGAAAAUAAUGGUGCAAUGUAGAAGAAUAGAACAUAAUUAAGCAAUAAGGCCCAAGGAGGUGUGGUAUAUGGCCAAUAUACCACGGCUAAGGGCUGUUCCUAUGCGAGACGUAUCCUGGCGUGCCUGGACACAGCCCUUAGUGGUAUAUUGGGCAUAUACCACAAGCACUCUAGGUGCCUUAUCGCUAUUAUUAACUGGUUACCAACGUAAUUAGAGCAGUAAAUAGUAUUUUUCUCAUACCCAUGGUAUAUAGUCUGAUAUACCACAGCUUUCAGCCAAUCAGCAUUCAGGACUCGAACCACCCACUUUAUACUUACCGAUAUUGCAAGCUGUCAUUUCUGCCGGAGAGAAAAGCUUUAAGAUAAGCAGGGAGGUAAGACAAGUAAAAAGAAAACUCUGGUGAAAUAAACCAACCUGUAGUUAUUGACCAUGCUUAUAAGGACAGUGCCCUGUAUGCCAACUAAUUUUCUUGGGUACGGCUUUUACAAAGCACAUUGGCAAAGAACAGAGCCUGGGACUUAUUGACUAAUGACUGAAAUGGACAUUGCGGCAAGAUCUGACAGGCAUGGGUUUUCAUAUGAAUAAAUUGAGAAGCAGUGACAAAAAAGGCACGCCAAAUCCCACAGCACACAACAACUACAUAUCUGCUGGUGGAGACGUGAGGAAAUGUUCUGGAAUCUUCUGAUGACUGGUACAAUUGUAUGGAGUUACUUACUCAUACAGUAUGACAGAACAAUGAGGAGUGGUAAGUGGUUCUUUGACAUUUAGUUACUUGCAUGUUGACUAUAAAUGUAAAAAGGAACAACUUAAAAUAGACUUCUUAGUGUGAAAUUGUGGACGUGAUAAUGUGACAUGUUCUUCACUUGUUCAAUUCUUAGACUAGAAAACUGUGGCCCUGUUUGUUCAGUAUACUGUGAUGUCUAAUCUAUAAGCGUUUUACAAUAAAAGCUUUUCUAUAUAAAUUGUUAA